AUGACAAUAUUGCCGAGACGGAUUCUGUCGUUGAAAUGGAACUGCACCAUUCCAAAGCGUGGAUGUAGUGUCGGAACUCCACUAGAACUUGUCUCAGCUCGGUACGGUGACCCGUCGAAAGAUCGUUCUCGUCCUCCACUAGUCAUUUGUCAUGGACUUUUUGGGCAGAAAAAUAACUGGAACAGUGUUUCGAAGACAAUGCAGCGCCGUCUUGGCUGCACAAUCUAUUGUGUGGAUCUUCGAAAUCAUGGCGAAUCGCCGUGGUCGGAUACUAUGAGCUAUGAUGAAAUGGGCGAGGAUUUGGCAGCUUUUUUGGGAAAUAUCUGCAAAGAGACGGGUUUUUCGCAAUUUCACCUGCUUGGACAUUCUAUGGGCGGGCGGCUGGUUAUGCGUAUGGCUGUCCAUCCAUCCUGGCAGCGGCUUAUUGAUCGUUUGAUAGUUGAAGAUGUGUCGCCAAAAGUUUACGAUCUGGAUUUUAAAGCCCACGUAACAUUCCGGAGUUAUAUCCAUGCUAUGGCGGCGUUGGACAUGACGAAAAGCCGAAAAGAAUUGCUGAAAGAACUGGAGCACAUAGUGCCAGAUAUUGGGACUCGUCAAUUUCUGCUCACCAACCUGGCUCCCAGUGAGAAUGGCGUUUCCCGUUGGCGCUGUAACCUGGAAGCUAUAGACAAGAAUCUAGAAGGAAUUUUGAGAUUCACCGUUCCUGAUGGAGUGUUCAAAGGUCCCACCUUGUUUGUUUAUGGAGAAAAAUCUGGGUAUAUUCGAGACCAAGAUCGUGAUUAUGUUCGUACGUUAUUUCCCGAUGUGCGAUUUGAUAGCAUUGCGAAUUCUGGGCAUUGGGUUCACGCCGAGCAACCUGAUGCUUUUAUGAAUAGCGUUUGUAGAUUUUUAGAAUAGGAUAGGGGGGCCGUAGGUUCGAAUAGUUCUUUUGCAUUCUAGAAUUCAUAGUUCUAGCUAGUUCUUACGCUCAUAAUACCAUCUAUACUAAUAAUAAUAUGGUCAGUAUAUUGCCAAUAUGCUUUUCAUAAUAAUUGACUGAUGACAGAAGUGACAUGUCAUAAUUUUUCAGCUGAUGAGAUAGGUGCCAUGAUCUCUUUCAUUAAAUUCGCAGAUGAGUUGAUUUUGAGCUUGCUUGGAGAUAGUUUUGCGAUCA